AGGGAGGCAGAACCUUUACAGCUGCCUAACCAAAGACGCUUUCGAGCGGAUCGCGGCGCAGAUUGUGCGGGGGCCACAACCGGCGGAGGAGUUUAACACUCUGGACGACUUGAAGGACUGCUUCAUGUUCCAAACGGAACCUGAUGCGGAGGCGUUGGAGCGGAACGACUUCUCUCUGGGGUUUCUCCUCCGGCACGACGAGAAGGGCCGGAACAACACCAUGAUCUCGGGGAUGCUUCGCCCGAAGGAGGCUGCCACUCGCUUCUAG